GAGGCACGUGUCGGUCUCAGUUUCAGUUUUAAAGAAUUGAUUCCAGAACAUGCAGGAGCUUCACAAUGUUCAGAUGCUUCAAUCUACUGCUGCUGUUUUGCCUUGUCAGUUAUAGCGGAACCCCCUCUAUACCCGUGAAAGAAAAAAAGGGAGGCAUCGCAACACUGUCAUGUGAAGUUGACGGAAAAGACAUUAUUGAUAUUAAUUUAAUCAGAAUGUCAAAAAACAUCUCUGUCUGUCAGACUGAGAAAUGUAGUGGCCGAAUAUUUAAAAACAGAGUGUGUGACGUCGUCAUCAAGGAUCUGAGAUUCAGUGAUGCUGGGAAAUACAUUUUGAGAUUUGUUUACAAAAAUUAUCCAGGGAAGACAUACCAUCUUCAGAUUCAUGAUGAGGUUUCUGUGAAAAUAGGCGAGGAACUGAAGUUGAAUGUUCUGCUGCCAAAUGCUGAUAAAGUGGAGAAAAACUCCAGUGGAGAGUUGAGGGAGGUGUGGAAGAGAGGUCAUGGGGUCUGGAGUGAACGACUGUCUGACACUGAUGGGAACUUGACCAUUAAAGAGUUUACAGCCAAUGAUGCAGGUGCAUACAGAGUUCUGGACUCUGAAAGAGAAAUCUUGAUCACAGUGACAGUCACAGGUGCAUUAUCAGGUACACAAUCAAAGGACAAACUGGACACAGAUGAUGAACAACCUAAUGGCACUGAACAACCUCCUGCUUGGGUUUGGAUUGUGAUUGUUCUGGUGGUUCUGGUGGUUUUGGGGGCUCUGGGUCUGAUUGCAUUUGCUGUCAUCAGGACACACCAGCAUCAGAACCGGAACGAGGGAUGUAAUUCCUACCAAUGCGUCUCAGUGGAACAAACUGUACAGGGGCCCACAUUACCUAACAACAGCAACGGUUAUGUGCAAUCUACCUUAAGUGCCAACAGAUCUGCAGAAGAUGCUGUCAGCGUAUCAUUCCUGACUGAAUAAGCUGUUUAAAUGUCUCCACCUAUUGGUCACUUUAAUUUCAAUGUUUUUUUAAAUAAUCAUUUCAAAUGUAUAUAUUCAAAAAUUCAAACAUUCCUCUCCUAGCAUUAUUUAUGAUUGUGUAAGUGCAGCAUACUGUAAAUGUAAUUAGUUCACAUGCCCUCAAAUAGUUAUACAAGUCACACAAGUUUGAUUUAUUUUUUGACAAGCAAACUUUUUCAAACUGUUUGCAACAUCAAUGUCCUUUGCCAGUCACAUACAUGUUUAACUGAUGAACUGCACUCAUGUGCUACAAAUUAAGGCCACAAGCUUGUGCUACAAAGCUUUCAGUCUCUGUAGCACCAGUGAUAUGUGCAAAAAAAGUUAGCGUGCAGCUCUGGUGACCCUGUCUUAGUAAUUCAUCCCUCAAACGUUUACAAGUGGUUUACACAAUGCUGCUGCUAAGCUUUUAACCAAGUCAUCAAAGAGAUCACACGUAACCCCAAUUUUAAUUUCUUUACAUUGGCUCCCUGUCAAAUUUAGAAUUAAUUUUAAAAUGAUUGCGAUGGUGUUUAGAGCGUUGCAUGGUCAAGCCCCUGUGUAUAUAAAAGAGAUGUUGCAACCCUAUAACUUUAGUAGGAAUCUGAGAUCCUGCUAGUUGUUCCACGCUCUAGACUGAAGACAAAAGGAGACUGUGCCUUUGAAGUAGCUGCUCCCAAGUUGUGGAAUGCUCUUCCUCUGAAACUGAGAUCUGUGGACUCUGAGGACAUUUUUAAAAAGCAGCUGAAAACUCACUUGUUCAAACUUGCUUUUGUCUAAAUUUUCUUUUUUUUUUAAUUGUCAUGUCUGUUUUUAUUCUUCAUUUUACAAUGUUGUUGUAAAGCAAUUUGUGACACUUGCUCUUGAAAGGUGCUAUAGAAAUCAAUAUUACUUACCCUUGAUAGAAACAUAUCCUGUGAACACAGAGAACCACACUGUAUUUAUUUGCACUAGCCUUGACUUUAUUCCAGUCAAUAUGUAUGUUUUGUACAAAUGUGUUUAAAUAUGUGUCAACAGCAGAAAGAGCACAUCCAAAGCUGAGUCUGUGUUCCAGCCAAAACAUGUUUUUUUUCCCAUACCAAACAUCUCUAGAGAUUUCUUUCCUUGACACUGUUGCCUUUGACUGCUUACUAUAGCAUCACUAAGUAUCUGCUCCAAGAGAUUCAUCAACAUGCUUACCAUUGGGACAGUUUUAGGUUUACUAUCUCUUACUUUGCUUUAAGAUGUAUUCCACUCAUGUUUAACAUUGAUUUGUUCAGGGUAUAAGGAGGAAAAUUUAGAUUUCCUAUGCCAUUCCGUUCUGUCUGCAUAUUUAAACAUUGUCUUAAUAAAUGACUUUGUUUGCUUUGUAGACUGUUAAAUAUGCACAAGUCAAUCAUUGCAGUGCGUGUUUACUUCCAAGUCUACAAUCCUCCACGCCUAUUCAAACACAGCGUUCUGA